GGACGGUCAGUCUCGUAAGAGGAAAGUGGUCACCACUGAAACUCGGGUCGCGCCCGAAAUUACUUAGUUCCUAGAGUCCGACCCGCCGCCAGCCAGCACCGAGAGGAAGGAGGAGGAAGAGGAGGAGGACGGCGAGGAGGAGAAGGAGCACCAGUAGAAGAGGACGAGCCGGAACCCGAGCUGGAGGCAGAGCAGCUCUGGUCGCUUCCAUCCUGGUGGUGAAGGGCUGUCAUGAUCUCUACGGCACCGCUCUAUAGUGGGGUGCACAACUGGACCAGUACUGACCGUAUUCGCAUGUGUGGCAUCAACGAAGACAGGAGAACGGCUCUUUCUGAUGAGGAGUCCAAGGCAGCUGGCUGCCAAGGCUUCAGACCCCAGGAGUUUUGUGUCAGUAGCAGCUUUUCCAAGGUGGAGCUCACAGCAGGUGGUGGUGGCAGCGAUGCCCAGGGGGCGGACGCAGCUAAUGGUGGCAAGGAGAAAUUUGGACACAAGGCAGGAGAGCAGCAACCCAACACUGAGCUGAAGAUGGCCCCUCCUGGGCCCGACGGUAUUUUUACCCCAUUAACCAAGCCAGGGGAUGGCGAAGAGCUCAACAAGCCUUCCCCCCUUGAUGGCACAGAGCCAGGCAGCAGCCGAGCCGAAACCCACAUGGACAAGCUAGCCACCCGUCCCCUGGCUGGGCUUAAGGCACUGGACCACCAGCAUGCUGGGGCGCAGAAGAACACUUGCAUUUUGGCAACACUAGGCAUUGGGGCUGCUGUGGAGGGGGCCUUGCCUUUGGUGACUUCCGAUGUCAGUCCUUUGCCUAUACCUGUUUCUGGCCCUGGCCCCGUGCCCCUGUCGGCUUCUCUCUCAGUUCCCCUUGCCGUUCCUGCCUCAGUCGCCCUUUCAGCUUCUGUCCCCUCACCUCCAUUGGCUCCGGCCCCAACCUUGGCUCCAGCUCCCAUCCCCAUCUCUCUUGCUUCUCCGGCCUCCAUUCCCACACCAGCUCCCCUGUCACUCCCAGCUUUAGUUUUGGCUCCUAUCCCUGCCACCGGCCCUGUGCCCCCCCUCCCCACUCCAGCCCCAUCCCCAGCCACCCUCCCCGCCCCUCCUCCAACUCUGAUCACGGCCUUUGCGGCUGCCACUCCUGCUCCGCCCCCCACUCCUGCUCCCGUGUUCACCCCAGCCCCCACCCCUGGCCCUCAGGCCAAGCCUGCCUUGGCCCCUAUUCCCACCUCAGCACCCAUCUCUGCCCCCUUCAGCCUCAACCGAGUGUGUUUCCCUGCCACUCAGGCCCCGGCCAUGCAGAAGGUGCCCCUGUCCUUUCAGCCAGGGGCAGUCCUAGCCCCAAGCCAACCACUGGUAUACAUCCCUCCCCAAAGCUGUGGGCAGCCUCUCAGUGUGGCCACCAUACCUGCUCCAUUAGGAGUGUCCUCCACGCUCACACUCCCCGUGCUACCCUCGUACUUGCAGGAGAGGUGUCUGCCGGGCGUCCUGGCCUCUCCUGAUCUCCGUUCUUACCCCUGUGCUUUUUCUGUGGCCCGCCCACUGACUUCAGAUUCCAAGCUGGUGUCUCUGGAAGUAAACGGACUCCCCUGCACCUCUCCAUCCAGUGGAAACAGUGCCCAGCCUGUGCCUGAUGGCGGCCCUGCUCCUCCAGGUGACGUCCCUCUACCUGCCCCUGCUGCCAAGAUUCUCCCCCUGCCGGCUGCUAGUGGGAGCUCAACCCCAGGGCACCCCUCCAAGGCCCCAGCCACUACAGAGCAUCAUGCAGAAGGCGCUUCUGCUGCCUUUUCUCCUCUCAAGUCCCCACCGCAGCUGGAACGAGAGAUGGCUUCCCCUCCUGAGUGCAUCGAGAUGCCAUUGGACCUCUCUUCCAAGUCCAACCGCCAGAAGCUUCCACUGCCGAGCCAGCGCAAGACACCACCCAUGCCAGUGCUGACCCCAGUGCACACCAGCGGCAAGGCCUUCCUCUCCACAGUCCUGUCUCGCUCCCAUCGGGCAGCCCAGGCCACUGGCAGCAACGUCACCUCGUGCCUGGGGCCUGCCUCCCCAUUUGUCAUCUUCCCCGAGUUUGUGAGAAACGGGGACCCCAGUGCCUGGGUGAAGAACUCCACAGCAUUGAUCAGCGCCAUUCCUGGUACCUACGUCGGGGUGGCCAAUCCUGUGCCUGCUUCCCUGCUACUGAACAAAGAUGCCAGCUUGGGCAUCGUCCGAGACCCCCGGCACCUGCCCAAACAGGAGCCCAUCUCCAUUGUUGAUCAGGGAGCACCCAAGAACCCCAACUCUACCUGUGGCAAGAAGGGCAACCAGUCAGCACCAGCUGAGAACCCAGGCAGGCGAUCUACCCCAGCUCGGAUUGCCCCUGGAGUGCCUACCUGCCCAUCUAAGGAAAUGCCAUUUUGGAAACCCACAGGGCAGGGGAGCAUCUAUUCAAGAUGUUCCAUUAAUGGGAAGCCCACCACGGCCCAGGUCUUGCCUGUUGGUUGGUCACCCUAUCACCCAUCCUCACUCUUUUCAAUUGGCAUCCCCAGCCCUGGGCAGCUGGCCGCACAUCAAGGGGUGCCUAUCAAACCUGCUGGCAUUGCUGGGGAGUUCUCUAUGGUGCCAUCAGCCAACCCCAGUGAGGCUGCCCAUGGGGUUUCUGAGGGUCAAGCAAGACCCAAUGGGCCCUUCCCAGAGGGUCAGGAACCUGUCCCGAAGAGCAGUAGCUGUCAGCCCCCCACCAAACCCUGUGAGGAGCCAGUUAACCCUGCCAUCUUGAUCUUGGGUCCCCAGACAGGUAGCCUGCCUAUGUCUCUCCAGUCCAGUAAUAUGGGAGAGGUGAGAGGGAUGAAGGCCAAGGCCCGGAGUCCCCCCCGAGACCAAGGGCCAGAGGAUUCUGAGAGCCAGCCAAGUCCUGACCCCCCUUCCAGUCCAGAGGGCCCCCAUAGCUCUUGCAACCUGAAGCCGGCAGGGGAUGGCAAACCCAAGAACAAGGUGCUGGCCACCUACUUGGCUCCCGACCUGGCCUUGUCCUCCUCUCAGGGCUUCCACAAAUUGUCUGAGAUGUCUAUGCUACCUCAUGAAGGCCACCUGAAGGAACUCAAAGUUAAAGCUGAAAUACAGGGGACCAAGAGGGGCCUAGGCCUGGGAGCUCGGCGGAAGAGCGAUGGGGACCUCAGCUGGGUGAAAAAGGAGAACAUGAUGUUCUCUCUGAAUCAAUGCUUCCAGGCCGAGGGCUUCCUUGGGGCCCCGGCCAGGGCCAAGGCUGGGCAGAGUCAGCAUAGACCAGAAGGCUGCAGCAGCUUCUCUUGCAAAAACAAAUGGCAUCCUGAUGAUGGCACCAAGCCGUCCUCGAAGAGGAUGAAGUGCAGCCGGGCCAAGGAGGAUGACAUACCAGCCAGCAAGUCUCGAGGCCGGAGCCCCCAUGGACACAAGUGGAGGAAGCAUCAUGGAGAUUCCCAUGAAUCCAGCAAGAAAGCCUGCAAGGCCUCAGGCAAAGAGCACAAUGGCAUACGGAUCAAGCACAAGAGACAGAAGUCUGCCAAAUCCCAGUCCCAGUUGACAGGAUUCCGAAGAGGAGAUGGACAUGAGGAAGGCUACUUGGAGAAGAAAGCCAAGAAUAAUUUCCGAGACUUCAUCCCUGUAGUCCUGAGUAGCCGGACUCGCAGCCAGUCUGGGAGCCUUUGCAGCACCUUCACCCCUACAGCUGAGUGUGAGCUGGGCAGCCCGGAAGUGUUCCCCAUGCUGGAAGAGCACCAAGAAGAAGUAGGGCUGGGCAGCAAACACCGCAAGCGGAAGGCCCACCGAUCCUCCCAGCAUGUGAGCCGCCGCUCACGGGGGGACCGCUCCCUGGCAGAUCGGGCCAGCCGGCACCUGCGCAGGGCCCGUGAGCUGCCCUGGAAGAUGGAGUCACCAAGGCAGCCGUGGGACACGGAUGAUGAAGAGGAAGACGAAGACGAGGAUGAGGAGGAAGGCCACGUGAAGAGGAAAAAAAGGAGACGGCAGAAAAACCGCAAAUAUCACACCGGGGAGUACCUCACAGAGCGGGAAGAGCAGGCGCACAAGUCUCUGUGCCACCAGCGGCGCAAGGCCCGGACAGAUUCCAAGUCACGGAAGCAGAAGGGAUCGUCCCAAGGCUCUGAGAUCCGCCUGAAGACCAAGCACUCAACACCUUCCCGUGGGUCUGGAGAUAUCUCAGUUUUUCCCAAUGGCUUUCUGGAAAGCCGCCUGGAAAAGGUCACCUCCCUGAGCAACCUGGAUAAGCCAUCGGGGAAGCGCAAGUGUAAGACCAAGCAUCUGACUGGCACUGGCCCCAGCGAGGCAGGCAAGGUGAAAGGGCGCUGUUACCAAGUGAGAAUUGUGCGUCCGAAAUCCCUACUCCCAGCAAAGACCACAGAAUCCUGGACCUCUUUGAAGGUUCAGACAGGAUUGGAGAAUUCUCCUGAGUCCCCUUCAGCUUGCCAUAUCCCCCCUGAAGCACGUCGACUUAUUGUGAACAAGAAUGCUGGAGAGACCCUCUUGCAGCGGGCUGCAAGACUUGGCUACAAGGACGUGGUCAUGUAUUGUCUGAAGAAAGAAAGCGAGGAUGUCAACCACCGGGACAACGCUGGCUACACUGCCCUCCACGAGGCCUGCUCUCGAGGCUGGACAGACAUCCUCAACAUUUUGCUGGAGCAUGGGGCAAAUGUCAACUGCAGCGCUCAGGAUGGCACCAGGCCUGUCCAUGAUGCUGUGGUCAAUGACAACCUGGAGACCAUCUGGCUCCUGCUUUCUUAUGGGGCAGACCCCACACUCGCCACCUACUCAGGGCAGACGGCCAUGAAACUUGCCAGCAGUGACACAAUGAAGAAAUUUCUUAGCGAUCACCUUUCAGAUCUCCAGGGUCGCCCAGAGGGUGAUCCCAGAGUGGCCUGGGACUUCUACAGCAGCUCCAUACUGGAGGGGAAGGACACGGCCAAGUGUGACCUUCUGGACAACCCCCCUGGCACCUCAGACAAUGACGGGACUGACCAGGAGUCGGACGACUUCGUAUUUGAGUUCUCGGAAAAGCCGUUGCUUCCCACUUACAACCUCCAAGUGUCGCUCUCCCGUGGGCCCUGCAACUGGUUCCUCUUCUCUGAUGUCCUGAAGAGACUGAAGCUUUCAUCCCGGAUAUUUCAGGCCCGCUUCCCGCACUUUGAAGUCAUCACCUUGCCCAAGGUGGAGUUCUACCGGCAGGUGGUUUCCAGCCAGCUGCUCACCCCUGCCGAGAGGCCUGGGGGCCUAGACUCCAGCCCCCUGGCCAGCACUGAGACUAUCGAGCUGAUCCGCUAUGAGCCCGAGUUGCUGCAGCUCCUAGGGUCUGAGGUUGAAUUCCAGUCCUGGAGCAGCUGACGGGCUUGCCCGCCAGCCUUUCCCUGUCCCCCCUCCUCCAGCCAAUUCUCCUCCCCCCUCCCCUUUUUUCGGACUGACUGCAGUAUGAGGCAAUAAUACGGACCAACUAGAAGCAGCCUUAUCAAUGCCAGCAUUAGUGACUGGAGUCUUUGGGUUCAAAUUCCCUCUCACCUCCCUCUAGUUACGGUCAAAGGGGGAAAAGAUGCAUCCUUGGUCUCUAAAGAUCAGAGAGGACCCGCGAUGACUGUGAGAGGGGACAGGGUGCCCUCAACUCAGCUCACCUCACCCUCCUAGGCCAGGAGCCAAGCACCAACUUGGUGUCUUCGGUGCCUGGCUCUAGGGUGGGCUCAGGGAUCCCUGGGCGCGUGUGACCAAGCCCCGGGCCGAGGGAAACAGACCCAGGUCCAGUUGGCGGUGCCAGCCCUGGUGGAGAAAUUAGAAAACUCUUUCUCUAGCAACAGCCCCCUUCCCGUAUUCCUCCAUGUCUUCCAUAAUAUUUAUUUAAUUAGUAUUUAAUUUGUAUUUUUCCUUGGUUUCUGAGAAGUCUGUAUCACUGUGAUGAUUUGAGACAUCAUCUUGAAUGAGAGGGGCUUUGUUCACCUUUUUAUUUUCUUCCCUUCCUUCUUGGAGAAGCCCUGGGAUGUGAGCCCUGUCCUCUUCCCUGGGACCGACCUUCCUGGCUUCCUGCCUGAGUUGGGGGAGAUGAUGGUGAUCUGGGAACCGAAGCUAGGGAGUAGGUGGAGCUGUGUGAUGCUGUCGACAAGCACAAGGGGCUUGGAUCCCAAGGGUUGUGUAUUUUCUCCCCGACUGCCCUUCUCCGUAACCCUACCCCGCCUCUAGGCUCACACAUGCUUUCCAACAACUCUGCCUGCCUUAGCUUAGUCCUGUUUGGGGUGAAGGGGUAAUGAGCUGCUAUGACAAAAAGACAGUUAAAAUGAGUCUUGGAGGGGCCUGGGCCCCUUCUUCCUUCUUUCUGUUCCCGCUGCCGCCCCCUUACUGUCCCUCCUCCUCUCCCCUCCUCUUUUUGCUCAGUGCCCAUUCUCCUGUGCCUUCCUCUCCCCACUGUCCCUCAUCUUCAAUUCUCUUCCCGUUCCCUACUGCCAUUCACCUCUCCCCCUCUCCCCACUGCCAUUCACCUCUCCCCCUCUCCCCACUGCCAUUCUCCUCUUUCUCUUCUCAUCCCCCCCCCCUUUCCUUCUCACUCCCCCACAUUCUCUUCUGACGCCUUCAUUAGGCUCCCUGACCCCUGGCCACAUGUCGCCUCCAGGACUCAGCUGUUUCCCAGGCGAAGGCAAAAGAAACGUUUCUCUCUUCCCCCCCCCCUCCACCCCCAACACAGGCCCCAACUCCACUUGCUCUAGUCAACCCAGCUGCGGGUUGGCCCUCCCAGGCUUCCCUCCAGCCCCAUGUCUUUGGAGGAACCCUCAGUCCAUUGCCCGCACCCGUCCUGGCCCCCUCUCCACCCAAUCAAUUCCCUUUCUCAAAUACCCAGAUGGAUAUGAGCUUGUUACUUUUCUAUGGACUGCUAUUUUUCAGAACAGUUCUUGGGGAGAGAGGGCAGCUACCCAAAGGCAGAUGUGGCCCCUCCCUGGCCUUCUCUGGUUGUAGAUGGUACAGUUUUAUUGUACAGGUGCU